ACGUGCAAGGCCCAGAGCUCUGUGUGUGCUCUGAGGGGUGUCCCUGCACACCCAGGGGGGUUUGUGUGUCUGUUCACAUGUUCACGAGUGCCCGGGGUGGCCAUACCCAUACACGGGGGUGUGUGAGCACACACACGUUCUGAGGGUGUGUGCGGGCAUGCACAGCUGUGUGUGUGCACACGCGUGUGCCAGCCCCGAGGCUGCGUGUGUGCCCACGGCUACCGGUGCCCGGGGUGACCGUGGCCAUCCGGGGCUGGCGUCUGUCCCUGGCACAUCUGUGCAGAUGUGUGCGUGCGCCCGGGUGAGCUCCCACACGCGUGUUUGUGAUAACGGGGGCUCACACACGCGGCGCCCCGGGCCGAGCCGUGCCGAGCUGAUCCCGUUCCGGGAAAGCCGAGCCAACCCGAGCGGUUCCAGCCCGACCCCAGCGGUUCCGAUCGGACCCGAGAGGUUCUGCUCGGACCCCAGCGGCGCACGUGGGACCCAGCAGUGCCGCCCGGUGCCGCCCGGUGCCCUCCCGGUGCUGGCCCGGCCCGGGCCCCGCGGGGGCUGGCCGCCCGCCAAUGCUUUCUCAUAAACCACAUGCUGCCGCGGCGCUAUAAAGGGGAGCGCGGCCGCGGCGGCGGCUCAGCCCGGCCCCGCUCGGCCCCGCCGCUGCCGCCGUCUCGCCCGCUCCGCCCGGCCCCGGUCCCACGGCAGCCCCCAUGCCCCGCCUCGGAGCCAAGGUGUGCCUGCUCCGCUGCUCCCUGCUGUCGUCCCUCCUCCUCCUCCUGCUCCGCGUCCAUGAGACGGAGCAGAACAGCUACUGCGAGCAGAUCAUCACGGAGAGGCACCUAGCCGAGCUGGAGGAGCUGGCUGACACCCAGAUGCAGCACCCGGGCAGGGUCUCCUUCAAGUUCAUUGACAAGAAGCAGUUGAAUGACUCCAUCUGCUAUGUGAAAGCCGCCUUUCCCCUGAUGGGCAAGAUCCUGAAGAAAACAGAGUUCAAGGAGAACUCGUCCAAUGCCCAGAAGAUGAAGAUGGUGCGCAGCAUGUACGACAGCAUUGAUGAGAACGUGGACCCCUGCAUCAGGGAGGAGGAUGAUGAGGAGAGAAUGCUCUCACAGAUGUGCUUCAAGGAGUUCACCACGUCCCCCUACGAGAUGCUGGUGCUGGUGAAGGAUUUCUUCCAGGAAAUCAAGCGUCUGCUGCAGGACCAAAAGACUUUUGAGAAGGAUUGCAGCCGAGUCUAUCGCAGGGUGUGCCUGGUACCCAAGAAGUCUGGAUCCUCACCAGGUGUGGGGACAGAUCCUGACUGCAAUUGCCUGUCCCCUGCCCUCCCUUCUGCCACCCAGCCCUCCCUCUCUGCUGCCGCUGGCAGGGACACGGCACCCGCUAGCACCCGGGUCCCUUCCAGCCUCCUCCAUGCCACCCUCGCUGACUUAGAGGCCCCAGCUCAGCCCCCCAGUAGCACGGACGGGGGAUCAGGGACCGAGGAGGUCCUGGGCGCCGGGCUAGGUGACACAGCGCUGGCGUUGGCCCCCGGGAUGAAGCAGACAGCUCCAGGCAGCAGUGCCGAAGCCCUCCAGGAUCCGGCGGGGAUGCUGAGCCUGGCACCGGGUGACAUCCCCGUGCUCCGUGGGGAUGGAGAGCUGGUGCAGUGGGGCACCGGCCCCCUGCCGCAGGAUCCAGGCCAGCAGUGGGGAGGCUCCGUCCUCCCGGAGCAGCCCGGCGGGCUCAGGACCACCCCUCGGACAGCAUCGCCCAGCGCAGGCUCGGCGGGCGGCGCCGCCAGGAUCCGUCCCGCGGCCGCGGCCGAGCCCGUCACGCAGCUCCGCUUCUCCAGGAUGGCCCCGGAGCUGCGGGCCCCGAGCGGCCCCAGGGACAGGGCGAGGGCGUGGGGCUGGGGGCUCAGCCGGCUGCGGGACCCCGAGGAUGGCGGCGGGGCCGGGCCCAGCUUUGACUCUGGCUUUGUUCUGGGCGCAGAGCAGCGCAGGAAGGAGCCGCCCGCCAGGGAGGGCCGCCGGGAGCCCCUCAUCUACAUUACGGUGGCCAGUGUGGUGGCCGUCCUGCUGGCCACGGGAGGGCUGCUCUUCUACAAGUAUAAAUCCAGGGUCCUGGAGCGGCCGCUGGAGGAUGGAGGCUGCGACCCCGAGGAGCCGGAGAGGAGGGCGCUGCAGGGAGCAAGGGAAUGUUCAGAGCUGGAGACUCAGGAUCUCUGAGGGCCCCAGGCAGGAUGUGAAGCUGCUCGGGGGACGGAUGCGGACGGAAGGAGGGUUGGCACGCGCCGGCCUCACCGCGACCCCACCGUGACGCUGACACUCCCUCUUCCCUUGCCCCGUGCCGGUGGCCAGAGACUGCAAAAAACUCCCUGGCAGGGACAGAAGGAUGGCGGGAUGUGCCCUGAGUGGGACCCCCGGGCGCCGGGAGGCGAAGGGCUGGAACCAUGCCUGCGGCUCUGCGGGACGGCAGCGGCGGCUGGAGCGAUGCUGAGCAGGACCACGGAGGUGCUGGAUGUGGGUGAUGGACGCUGAUCCCACUUGGACGCGGCCAGAGCUGGGUGAAGACGGAUGGGAUCGGCUCCCCAAAUCCUCUGGCUCUUGUCCCAUCCCAGCAGAGUGGGUUUGGAGCAGCACCCAUCGCCCCCUUCGCCCUGCCUUUCCUGAGGCUUCAACUGGAGCAUCCUGAAUUCUGGGGGGGCCAGUCCUGAGACCCCCAGCCCUGACUUGCGACUCAAACCCUCACACUGUGAAUAUUUAAAGCCCACCCGUGCCCGUGUCCCUGCACGGGGCUGGAUUUGAGGUGACCCUUGGCACCAUCCCAGUCCCUCCCCAUCCUCCUGUCGUUAGGGCUUAUUUUUAUUUGUUAGUAGAGUGGAUGAAAGUCUUUAUCCUGCACAAAGUGCUCUGGGGGGGCCGUGUGUCCCUCCCGGGGUCCUCACCACGAGCUGGCCUCGCUGGGAUUCCAUUUCUUUGGUGACUGCGCUUUGGAGAAGGGAAUGGGGCUGGGAAGGAUGGGAUCCACGGGGGUGGAAGAGCUGGAACUGCCCCAGCUGGGCACCCUGGGGCUUCUAGGCACAGCCCCACUCCCGCCUUUGGGAAGAGCCUGGUUUGGGAUGCACCAGCCCUGGAGAUGCCCCAAAACCCAACGGCUCCCUCCAGCCCCGGGUGAAGCGUGGCCCACGCUGCUCUGGGAGUUUCAAGCAUUAUUUUUAUAUGAAGGAUGAAAAUAUGGACAAACCCAACUGUUUUUAAAGAAAGCAUCACUAUUAAUUUGGGGUUAUAUAUAUAUAUAUAUAUAUAUAUAUAUAUAUAUAUAUGUGUGUGUGUGCGUGUGUAUUUAUGACUGGCAGAAGGAGGGGGUUCCUGGGCAAGGGACUGGUGUAAAUCAGGAUAAAAGCCCUGAUGCAGCAGGAAGUCUGGGGCCAAACUCCUGGUGGUGUAAGUCACCAGUUUACACUGUGGAGGAGCUGCUCCUGGGGGAGAAAACUUGCCUUUACCCAUGUUGGAUUUAUUUUGCCUUUUUUUUUUGUUGUUGUUGUUGUUUGGUUGGGGCUUUUUGUUGGUUUUGGGAUGGGUUUGGUUUUUUUAUACAAUGAAAUCCUGAAAUAUUUUAUACAAAGGCAUUUAA